AUGUGUCCCAAUGAAUUCUACAACUUCACGUUGGAUUAUGCUCUAUUUAACUACACUUCCAAUGAUGUAAAUUCCACCUUGUUUAUAAACUGCGACCCUUUAGUAUCUAAGCCUCCUCCUGUGAAUCUGUCAACUUCUUUGGGAUUUGAUUGCCCCGCAAAAGGUUAUCCCAGCGAAGCAUACUUUUUGCUGAUCAGCGAGAAAUGGUUUAAUUCGAGUGCUCUGGGAUGCAGAAGAAUUUCAGGUGGAAGAUGUGGGUACAACAUAAGUUUGGACGAGUUUACAUGUUUCUGUCCCAAUCAAAGUAAUUAUGGGGUUUGCGUUCCUGACCUAUUGCUAGGAACACCAACACAAGCACCCUUGCUCCAUCAACAGAGGGAGAUAAAACUUAUAAUCAUAGGUGCUACGAGCGGAACAACAGCACUAUUGCUAAUAUUUUUUGCUAUUUUUUGUUGUUGUACAAUCAAAGCACGGAGGAAAAAUGUUGAUCAAAAUAUUGAGGCCCUUAUUAGAAAUCAAGGAGUUCUGGCCGCCACAAGAUAUAAAUUUACUGACAUCAAGAAAAUCACCAAUUCUUUUACAGAGAAAUUGGGACAAGGUGGUUAUGGUACUGUAUACAAAGGAAAACUGAUCAACGAUUGCCCCGUUGCUGUAAAGAUAUUGAAGCCAUCCAAAGGAGACGGGCAAGAAUUUAUCAAUGAGGUUGCAAGCAUGAGUAGAACUUCCCAUGUUAAUGUUGUUGCCCUUCUUGGUUUUUGUUUAAAAGGUCAGAAAAAGGCUCUCAUAUAUGAAUUUAUGCCUAAUGGAUCUCUUGACAAGUUCAUUCACAAGGCAAAUGGAACUAGUCCAUCCUUAACCUGGGAAAAUUUGUACAAAAUUGCAACUGGGACAGCUUGUGGACUCGAAUACUUACACAAGGGAUGCAACACUCGAAUUCUCCAUUUUGAUAUAAAGUCACAUAACAUUCUUCUGGAUGAAGACUUUUGUCCAAAAAUAUCAGAUUUUGGACUUGCUAAGCUUUGUCCUAGGAAAGAAAGCAUCAUUUCAAUUUCAGAAGCUAGAGGAACAAUAGGAUAUCUUGCUCCAGAAAUUUGGAAUAAAAAUAUAGGAAGAGUUUCACAUAAAUCUGAUGUUUACAGUUAUGGAAUGAUGCUGUUAGAUAUGGUUGGAUGGCGGAAGAACAUGAAUGCAGAAGCCAAUUGUAAGACAGAGAUUUAUUUUCCAGAUUGGAUUUAUGAGAAAAUUGAGGAAGGCAGCAAUUUGGGACAUGAUGGGGCAAACACCAUGGAAGAAAAUGAUAUUGCAAGGAGAAUGACGAUUGUGGGUUUGUGGUGUAUUCAAACAUUUCCAACACAAAGACCUACAAUUAGUAGAGUGAUUGAAAUGUUAGAAGGAUGCUUAGACUCUUUACCAAUGCCACCAAAGCCUGUCAUGGCUUCCCCUCCAAGAUUAGAACUUGAAUCUUCCACAAGUGACGAUACCAACACACAAAAGUUUGACCUCGAAAGCUCUUCCCUAAUGCUGGAGAGACACUAGAACUUAGAAAUGUAGGAAAGAUGUUGGAAGAGUCUCUUAAAUUUGGCAUUUGCGACUAUUAAGUUUAAUAGUAUCGAUUUCAGGAUUAUUGUUUUUUGAAAUUAAAGGAUGAACAUGGCUUCCUCGUAAAUGCCGUCAAAGCUGUACUGUACAUGUCUUCUACACCUCCCAUUAAUUCUUCCUCUCCUUAAGCAUUUGUCAAGACUUGCAUUAUUGAUUAGAUGCUUUUAGUAAGCCUAUUAUUAAUUUCAUGUAUAUAUGGAGAAAAAUGGGGACUCUCACCUUA